AUGAACAUCACAAUUAAUAUUAUAAAGAAUUUAUAUGACUAUGGCCACUUUGAACAACUUAAUAAAGAUUUCAUAUAUAAUAAUAAAAUAAAAAUUUUCAAAACGAUAGCAACUAAACAAAUAUUGGAUUUUUAUUUCACGAUAUUCAAAGAUCAAUUAUUUGAAGAUAGAAACUCUAACUGGCUAUAUUUCGACUCUGUUUUAGUGUUUGAAUAUUAUGAAGUUUUAAUGAAUUCACUAAAUAGGAAAAUGAUAAUAUCCAACUACCAACCCUCGGACUAUAUAUAUUUUAAAAAAAAAGUUCACAGCCCAAAUACAGUGGAGAUAUUGGAUAUGGUAUUAAAAAAUUCAGAACUUUAUGAACUCAAUCACAACUUUUCAUUAGAAUCAUUCAAAUUUAAUAUUUUAUUAUAUUUAGCAAACAAUAAAAGUAAAUCGUUAAUAUCAAUUUUAAAUAAUAGUAAAAUCAAAACAUUUGAUUUCAAUUUUAUUUUGAAAGAUCUUCAUCAAUAUCCAGGUAUUAAAUAUUUAGGUCGUUGGAUUAUCGAAAAUUGUUUAUCAUUCAUAUACGAUCACAAUAGUCAAAGUGUAACACUAACUGUAGGAACAAAAAAUAGAAAAAAGGUGUAUAUAAAAAUGGGAAUCAAAUUAAUUUUAAUGUUGCAAAUACAGUGUGGUUAUUUCGAUCAGGUAAUCCAAUCAAUAGUAAAAGAAGAAAGACCUAUAUUUUUAAAUAUAUUCCAAUCCAAUGGUUUACCUAAAUUCAACUUUGGUAUUCCUCUAAACUUUAUUAAAGCCUGUAUAGAUUACUAUGUCAUUUCAAAUAACGAAAAAAUCAAUAUACUUGUGUCCAAGCUAAUUCUUUCCGCUCCUCCAAUCAUUGUAAUCAAAUCGAUUUUAUAUUUUGGUUUAAAUUAUGGAAAAAAUAAAAUGGGCCUAAGUUAUCAACAUUAUUUAGAAAUACUUAAAAACAAUAGUAACAAUAAUCAAAUUAUAAAUUUAUUAAAAGAUUUUGAUUUAAUAAAAGGAAAUGAAAUAUAA